AUGGGGUGCGGCGAGUCCAAGGCGACCGCCUGCGUGGCGACGGAGGCCGCGGAGGUCCCCCGCGAGGCCGCCACUGGCGCGGCCGAAGGUGCCUGCGCGUGCCGGGGGCCGCGCUCCUUCUCCGACGAGAGCACGGCGUCGGGUGGCACGGCCGCCGCGCGGUCGUUGUGCCUUGGCACCUUCACCCACUCGACCCUGGAGGGCGAGCACUUUGCCGACUCGGUCAGCACAGCGCUCUCCGAGGCUGACCGCCUGCUCCACGACAAUCAGGCGCUGAGGGCCGAGGAGGUCCUCGCCCGAGCGCUCGAGCACCUCGACGAUGCAGGCCUCAGAGAUGCUGCGGCCGCGGAGGCGGCCAGGGUCCUGCGCGCCAGCGACUCUUACGCGGCCGUCCGCGAGCUCUGCCAGCGGUACGACGAGGUUGCUGAAGUGCUGAAGACGCAGGGCGGGCACCUGAAGCUCGUGUGGGAAGACGAGGAGGGCCAACUGUGGCUGCACAAGCCCGCCGACGAGACGUGGCUGGAGUUCAAGAUCGUCAGCAACAUCGACGCGCCGCUUUCGCAUUGCCUUGCGUGCGGUAACGAGGUGAGCCUGAUCCCAGAAUUUGAGCCGAACGUCGUAGGAACUCCGACCUUCGUGGGAGAGUCAAACGCGUUCACCUCGGUCGUCCGAGUGAUACUGGGGGUGAUGUUGCUGCGCCUGGAGCUCAUGUACGAGAUUCGCCGGUUCUACAAUGCCGAGCACGGCUUCCUGGCCGAGAGCAUCCGCUCGGACUUCCCCGUGGAGGGCCGACCCGUGCCCCCGAGGCACUGGCGGCACAAGCGGAUGAGGAUAAGCACCUCGAACGUGUGGAUCCCGCAGGGCGGCGGACGCGAGGGCACCACGCUCGUCCAGUCCUCCCGGGUCGACGCGGGCUUCAGGAUGCCGGACUUCAUCGUGGAGUUUUUCUUCCGGCAGCUGGCCCCGUCCAUCCUCGGUAACUUGCGCAGGAACGCGACGGCCGUCGGGAGCCCGGACGGCCCGUACGUUGCGCGGCUGGCCGCGGACACCCAGGGCGUGUACGCGGAGUGCGCGAGGGUCGAGGAGGCCGCCUCCCGCCGCAGGUGGCUCGUGGACGCUGUGCUGGAGGCUGCGCGGGAGACACUGCAGACGGCGGGCACCGCGAGCCUAGUGUGGGCUGAGCAGACCGCGCAGUCGGCGCCCGACCGCAGCAAGUGGUGGAUCGUCACGGUGGUGGUCGGGGGCCUCUUCGGGCGCCUGAUUCUGGUGUGGUACGGUGGCGGGGAGGCAUACUGGCACGAGCGCCUCCUGCUCUGCAAGGUGCGGGAGACGACGUGGAUCAUCGUCACUCCUGAUGGCGAUGUCUAUCCAGAGGACAUUCGGGCUCUCGGAGGCAGGCCGUGUCUGCAAGGGUCCGUGCCGCCGGCGAUCCCGGCCGACGCCAUGCUGUACAGAUUCCCGCCACUCGGCCAGCUGCACACGGCGGAGGAGUGGGCUGGGCUGGGCAUCGACGACGACGCGGCUGAUGCUGAGUCUGGUGCUGUGCGUGAUCGGGUUGGUCAGCAUGGCUGGACCGCCGACACGGGCCUGCCGGCUGGACCUCCGCCCGCCGCCGCCGGCGCGGGGGCCGGGAUACUGGUGGCGGACGUGGGCGCGGCCCCCGUGGCCGGCGGCCUGGCCGCGCCGCCUGCUGUGCCGCUCGCCGCCGUGGGUGGAGGCGCUGCCAUCCCGGGGGCUGGAGCUGCCGUGGGGGCCGUGGUGGCGCCCGGAGGUGGCCUCGCCCCUGGCAUGCAGUGGAUCGUGGUGGCCAACGACGGCCACCCGGGUGCGCCCUCCAUCGGGACCGACUGGAGCGUGGACGCCAAUGCCGUCGUCAUGGGCAAGUUCGCGCUGGACAAGCUCGGAUCUGCCACCCUCGUGCUGGAGAGCAUCGCGGUCGGCAGCAAGAAGCAUGUGCUGGUCUCGAGGAAGGGCGAAGUCGAGCAGGCGGUGGUCCGAGCUUCGGGAGCAGGCCUGCCAGGAGCUGGUCUCGGACCUCAGGCGAUGGGAGACGGGACGGCGGCUGCAGCGCCGCUCAAGUCUUCUGACGCACGGGUGCUGCCGGUGCUGUACGAUCAGAUGGGCCAGAGGUUCAGGGCCUACUCGAACGCCGUCGGGCUGCUGGAGGAGCCGCGAUUUGACGACUUCCCUGCGGUCGGCCCGAGGACGACGCUCUGGCUGUGCAGGUUCAUCAGAGACCAGGGGAGCGUGCCUCGCACCAGGACCGAGAAGUGGAUGCGGGACGCCCAUGUGCCGGACAACGACAGGGUCAGGCACGAGCAUGGCAGUCUCAUGGAGAUUCUUGAGACUGCGCUCACGUAUGAUCAGCUGGACGUGUCUGCCCCCGCCUCCUUCGAGAUCCUGUCAAGAAGGGUUCAGCUGUUGGAGGAGGCUUACACGUCCAAUCCGAAGGCGCCGCGGUUCGAUGGGAGCGAGCACUUCCAAGGCCUCGGCAGGGAGGUCGCGGCCGUGGCGCCGCAGCUCACCUCGCACGCGGCGUUGCAGCUCCAGGGCGAGGCUGCGAUCCAGAAGGAACGACGCAAGGGCUGCGGCGAGUUUUUGACCAAGGCAUGGCAGACGGUCGGCAGCGUGACCUUCUACCCUUGCCUCGACAUCAUGACUGGGAAGGCCCUCGCAGCUCACUCAGUCGUGGAGUUCAGCAACGUAUUUGUCGCCGUGCUUGGAUCGACAGGUGGUGAGCAGGCGCGCGCUGCUGCUGCCUUGGCCCGGGAAGCGGCUGAAGCUGUGCCCUUGCCCAAGGAGAGACCCGCCCCGCAAGAAGCCCUGGCGGCACUUCUGCGCACAGACACCCGCUAUGGUGACAGCGAGUGCGCCGGGAACAUUGCACCGUUUGGCUCGGCUUCAGCAUCUCUGCCGAGCCGCGACCUGCGCGGGGUGGACAUCUACAACGUCCUGCCCUCGGACGCGUCGCACAAGCUCAAGCGGUUUAGCGACACCAUCCUUCUCAGCGACGAGGAGUACGCAUUGCGUAUCAAGAGCGAGGGACUGCCCAACCUUUACUUUGACCCAGUGCUGGAGGCACAGACCAACAUACGAUUUGACAUCCCAGACUCAAUACAGCUUGCUACUGGCGACUCGCUCAGCCGUCUUGAGCGCGCCUCUGACCAGACCAUCUUCUCGGCCAGCUUCGACAUCAAGGAUUACUUCCACGAGCUCAGGAUCGACGAGGAAUUAUCUCAGUAUUUUGCUCUACCAGCGGUCCGUGCCUCGGCGGUGGGGGUGGGGAGCAUCAAUGGUGUCAAGGUUGGUCCAAGUGAGCUCAUCUACCCGCUGGCAUACGUCGGCAACUUCGGGGCCUUCGGCUGUGACAAGGCCGAAGUUGAGGCCACGCACCGUCAGGCUCUCGAAGGCAUUCGGCAGGCAGGCUUCCACGUGCAUGAGAUCGAGCAGGUCAGCACCUCUUUGGACAUCGUGGGAGUGCACCUCGAUGGAGAUAAGAAGGUGGUCAGGCUGUCCUCCGCCAGGGCGCGGCGACUGCACGCUGGGCUACAUGCUCUUGUACGACGCGGGCGCUGCACUGGGAGGGAGAUGCGAGCCAUGCUUGGGCACCUAUGCUUUGCUUUCUUGCUUCGGCGCCCUUGCCUAUCCUGCGUCGCGGCCUCCUUCGCCUUUGCCGAGGCGGCCGGGGGGGGGCCAAAGAACCUCUGGCCGAGCGCCAAGAGGGAGCUCCUCAUCGCCGCUGCCAUCCUGCCGCUGGUCUACGCCGACCUCGGGGCGGGCUGGCUCGACCAGGUGGUUGCGACGGAUGCUUGCGAUACUGGUCUGGGCGUCUGCGCGGCAGAGUGGGGCUCCCAAGAUAUACGGAUCACUGGCAGCUACGACGAGCGCUGGAGGUUCAAGAAGGACCCGCUACGCAAGCACCGUGAGGUCGCCUUGGCGGGAUACGACCACGCCGACCCGCCGAUCGACAGAGACGGCAACCUCGUGGCGGGCGUCAGCGAGGGCGCCUGGCUUGCCAUCGGGAACUUUCCCGACGUUCCGCCUACCUCGGUCAGAGGCUCGAAGUGGGCCGUGGUCGCUAAGCGCCCCUGCGGCAGCCACGAGGGGGCGAUCCACGUCAAGGAGGCGAGAGGCGCCAAGCUCGGCCUCAAGCACGUGGUUCGGUGUGGGCGCUGGCGGCACAGCAAGGUGCUCAUGCUGGUGGACAAUAUGUCACUCGCGCUGGCCAUGCAAAAGGGCCGCUGUCGCGAUCCAGCCCUCCUCGGCCAGCUUCGUCAGAUGGCCGCGCUGCAGCUCGCCACUGGGCUGCGGGUGCAGUGCCGCUGGAUCCCGUCGGAGGCCGCAGGGUCAGGACCAUCCGAGCAGGCGAUCCUGGCCCGGCCCCCGGCGACGCGAGCCGAGCCUCGAGGCGGCUCGCGGAGAUCGCGAGUCACAACCUCGACAAGGCUGGCUGCCGCCCGGCGGUCGGCCAGCAGCGGAGGCCUCUCCUACCUCGAGAGCAUCGCUGUGAAGCCCGUCCAGAUCGAGGAUUACCACAGACGGAUCGAGGAGUUCUACGAGUACGCCCGCCGCCAGGGUUUGAACGUCAGCACCUUGGACUCGCUGGAGACGGCCCUCCUGGACUGGGCGGACGAGGCGUAUCUCGAGGGCAGGAAGAAGCACGAUGGCGAGAAGCUGAAGGCUGCUGUGCUCCACUAUUACCCGAACCUGAAGCGGCCCAACACCAAGCCGCUGGCCAGGUUCGAGAGAUGCUUGAAGGCCUGGGGACGCCGGAGGCCCGCGCUGGGCCGUCUGCCACCCCCGUACCCGACGAUCUGUGGCCUGGCUGUGGCUCUCCACCUCCUGGGCCGCACGGACAUGGCUGUAGCCGUGCUGGUCGCGCUGAGCGCCUACUUGCGGCCAGGGGAAUUGCGUGGGCUCCGCGUUCGGGACGUCGUCCCACCCGCGCUUGGCUACGGACCAGAGUACCAGAAGUGGUCGCUGAUCCUGGGGCCUUCGGACAGCAUCGGAGGCCCCACCAAGACGGGCGUCUACGACGACAAUGUGACGAUGGACCACGAGAACCUGCAGUUCCUCGACCGCUUCUUCGAGCUGCACCGCCAGGGAAAGGGGUCGAACGACCCGCUGUGGGGCUUCACGCAGGCGGAGUUCGGGGCCAUGAUCGCGAAGGCGCUGAAGGUGCGCCAGCUCGAGGGCCUGGGGAUCGCCCCCUACAGCCUUCGGCGCGCGGGCCCGUCGUGGGACGCCAUCACGGGCAGGAGGUCGCAGCUGGAGGUCCAGCGUCGCGGGCGCUGGGCCAGCAUGAGCUCUCUCAUCAGGUACGAGAAGUCCAGCAAGGUCAACUCCCUGCUUGUGAACCUGGACGACAGCGUCCAGGAGUACCUCAGGCUCUGCACGGCGCACCUUG